CUCAUGGUAGACUCCGUGUCCGCUCACUACUUCUUCGAGAAGAUGGUCGUCAACGGCAUCGCCUCGGCAGACUACAUGCGCGCCAGCACCCAAGGCUACCAGCCCCAGGCCAACACAAUCAUGACAAGCAACACCUUCCGCUGCAACACGGGCGCCCAGGCCGCGAAGAAGAGCGCCACCGUCGCCGCAGGCUCCUCGGUCGGGUUCCAGAUGAACGCCGGCGCAAAGAUCCAGCACCCCGGCCCCCUCCAGGUCUGGAUGAGCAAGGCCACGGGCGACCUCUCCAGCUACGAUGGCUCCGGCGCCUGGUUCAAGGUGUACGAGUCUGGCCCGACCAAGUUCCCUCUUACCGGCGCUGCUUCUGAGUGGGGUGUGUACAACAAGAAUGUCAUCACCUUCACUAUCCCUAAGGAUCUUGCUGCUGGUGACUAUUUGGUCCGCCCUGAGCAUCUUGCUCUUCACACGCCCUCUGGCACCGAGUUCUACUUCAACUGCGGCCAAAUCAAGGUUACUGGCUCUGGCACCAAGACUCCCACCGCUACCGCCAAGUUUCCUGGUGUCUACGACUCCAACACUGCCGGUCUUUCCCCCAAGUAAGUGCCCGCAUCCCGACUAACUGACUAUUUUUUUGAAGAAGCACAUCUAACAACCAUCGACAGGUUCUCGCUUUACAAGAAUGCCAAGUCCUACCCCAUGCCUGGCACUACUCUGGUCACCCGCGAGCUUUCCCUCCCCAUGAGCCGCAUCACCCGCGGUAUGCGCUCUGCCGAAGUCCAGCAAGAGUAACUUCAUUUCAUCAAGUUGGACAGACAAUAAGCGGUGCUCGUUGCACCAAGCAGACCAGCUUCCCUUGAGAGCGGGUGGACUGGACGUGAUUGCCCAACGAACGUAUCUUUCUCAUCAUUUCAAUGUACUUACCUUUGAAUUUCUCUCAUACCAUGUAGAUACUCAGAUUCAGGCUUUCUGGGUCACUCAAUACUCAUAACACGCGCUUGGUGCCAAUUCAUUGGUGUCCCGAUGUCAAGUUGGGAUGUUGACACAG